AUGAAUACAGAGAUACAAACACACAACAGCUCAACUGAGGGAGAAGCUCAACAGAAGGAGAAGAGGGGAGUUUUAGCAGUGGAUGUGGGUUGUUUGAACUUCACACACAUCACUCAAACACAGAACCAGGAAACGGGAAACACGUGUGUGCUGUGUACGAUUAUCGAACAUAAAAACCACGACACUGUAUCAGCUGCAGAACAGAGGACAGACAAGCAGAAGCAGCUGAAGAAGACGCAGAAGACGUUCCAGCAGAGAAUCCAGCAGAGAGAGAAAGAUCUUCAGCAGCUGAGAGAGGCUGUGGAGUCUCAUAAGCGCUCUGCACAGACAGCAGUGGAGGACAGUGAGAGGAUCUUUACUGAGCUCAUCCGCUCCAUUGAGAGAAGCCGCUCUGAGCUGAUACGGCUGAUCAGAGAUCAGGAAAAGACUGCAGUGAGUCGAGCUGAAGGACGACUGGAGCGACUGGAGCAGGAGAUCAAUGAUCUGAGGAGGAGAGACGCUGAGCUGGAGCAGCUUUCACACACACAGGAUCACAUCCAGUUCCUGCAGAGUUUCCAGUCUCUCUCAGCACCUCCUGAAUCUACAGACGUAAAUGAUGAUCUCUUCAGUUCUCUCGUCUCUUCUGAUGCUCUGAGAGAAUCUGUCCAUCAGCUGAGAGACAAACUGGAGGAUUUCUGCAAAGAGCAGCUGAAGAAGAUCUCAGGCAGAGUCACAUUCACCAACAUUGUUCCCAGAACCAGGAACGACUUCCUAAAAUAUUCCCAUCAGCUCACUCUGGAUCUGAACACAGUGAAUAAUUACAUCCGUCUGUCAGAGAGCAACAGAGUGAUUACAUUCACUGACACUGAUCACGAAGAGCAUAUGUUCCAGCUGGACCUCAGGAAACCAGCACAGCCAGAGCAGCCUCGUUACAUUCUUGUUUGGGAUCGUGUCAGCUUCCAUCGCACUGCUCUGGUUCGUGACUGGUUUACCAAUAACCCAAGGCCAUGGAAGAAGCCUGCCUAG